CGUUGGAAACACAAACACUUCUCUCUCUCCGUCGUUCCUGUUUGUCAACUUCAAAUUCAAACGCUCUCGUGCCUCAUCGACCUUUUGAUUUCUUCAAUUCUCUGAGCAACGACCCUCCUGUUGUCUCUUUCUCAGCACUAAUCGCCUGUUUUCUCGGUCAAUUUGGUGCCAAAUGUCGAGCUCCUCGGAUUUUCCCGGCCCGAAGCCGGCCACGUCGCCGGAGAAGCCUUCUUUCUCCCAGACUUGCAGUCUGCUGAGUCAGUACCUGAAGGAGAAGGGAAGCUUUGGUGAUCUUGCCCUUGGGAUGACGCGGGGCACCCAAGCAAUCGGGUCAACUGAAGCAUCUUGUCAGACUGCGACGACCAUGGACUUAUUUCCACCUAAGGAAAACACACAGGAUUUACCCUCUAAUUCCAGUGUUCCUAAGCCAGUGACUAAGGAUCCUAAAGCUCCACAACUGACCAUCUUUUAUGGCGGACAAGUAAUUGUUUUCGAUGAUUUUCCGGCCGAGAAAGCCAAGGAGAUCAUGUCUUUUGCCAGCAAAGGAAACACCCAAAGCCAGAACCCCUCUGUUUACACUUUUGCUCAGAGCGCACCUUCGUUUCCUGCUAAUUUGGCCAGAACCUCCGCUGAUCCGAGCGCUUCAAUCACUCCUCAUCCUCAACCACCGUCCAGACCUGUUACUUGUGAUCUACCUAUUAUGCGUAACGCAUCGCUUCACCGGUUCUUGGAGAAGAGAAAGGAUAGAAUUGCUGCCAAAGCACCAUAUCAAGGAAGCAAGCCCACAGUGGGUCCUAGCAAGCCAGUGGAGUCAAUGCCGUGGCUGGGCGUAGCUGCUAAAUCACCACAAAACUGAGCAUUCCGGCUUCAUAAUUUUGACUAUUUUUGUUGUACACUUUAGAAUAUCUUUGAUGGGCUUUUGUGCAAGCCCACUGCUUGUUAUACUACUGACUUGGGCUCAGCUGGGCCGUUUUAUAGAUCUAACUAUUGGAUUGCAUUAAUUAGCUGUUUUAUACUUUUUUUAAUUAGAAAUUAGAUUUUAUGGUUACUUGUAAUGAAAUACUCGGGUUUAAAAGUUGUUUUUCAUUGUUCUCAUUU